AACACUACAAUGUCCAACCCAGCAGGAAAAAGCGUAUCACUGCGACAAAAUCAAAAAUGUUGUUUAUGUUUAUAAAUAAAAUUAUGAAAGAUGAAAGAAAAUCCGUACGAGAGCCGAUUGCGGUGAUGUGUUUUGUGUUAUAAUGUAAAAAAUGUCGAUAAAUUUAUCAUAAUACUCCUUGUAAAUGUUUCUAACACAAUAACGUAACAUUUAAAAUGUAAACCAUCAGUGUGUUUCAACCUAAAACCACCAGCAAUGUCCAUGAAGUUAUUCAUCUUCGUUACAUCAAUCAUCCUGUUUCACUGGAGAUUUGAGGUAACAGCAUCAUGUCCCGGGAUACCAGACACCAAUUGCAAUUGCUCUUCGAAAGCUCCGAAGGGCAAUAAAAACGCCACCACUCUGGUUAAACUUCAAAUGAAGUGUACUCAUAUUGAAAGAAUAGAGGAUCUGUCAUUCCAGAAAACUCUCAGCAGCAAUAUUAGUAUUCCUCAAUUAGAUCUAUCUGACAACAAUAUAACUGUUCUUCCUUAUGAAUCGUUUGUACUGACGAAGCUGAACAAGCUUGAUCUAGGAAAUAAUCGUAUUAACCGCAUCGAAAAAGGAGCGUUUUUGAAACUAAAAAUUUUGAAAACUUUAAUAUUAUCCAACAAUAAAUUGGAAACGAUUGAUAGGGAAACGUUUGAAGGAUUACAAUCUUUAGAAAAUUGUGAUUUAGGAAAUAACAAUAUUAAUUUCAUUGAUAGCGAAGCAUUUUCAAGAUUAAAAAACUUGAAAGCUUUGACAAUAUCAAAUAAUCAAUUGGAAAAACUCGAUAAAGAAAUGUUUGAAGGAUUGCAAUCUUUAGAAAGAUUAAAACUUGCAAACAACCGGCUAAUCACGUUACCUGAAGAGGCUACCUUACUUACUCAAUUGAAAUACUUAGAUAUUUCUGGAAAUCCUUGGGUUUGCUCUUGCGAUAUAUGGUGGUUGCGCACGACGACUCACAUUGAUGUUCAAGAACCUCGACCGACGUGUGUUUUUCCCGAAUUACGUACCGAAGACUCGCUUAGUUUAUUGAAUACGUACCAGGAAUGUAGCUGGGAAAGAGAUCCUAUUUCAGAUUUCAGUUUACAUUUGAACCCGGAGGAAGAUCAGAUUGUUUUCGAAGGAGAUUCUUUGCAUCUUCUGUGCGAGCUCGAUGAACACUCAGCCGUUAAAAAUAAUGAGGAAUUACAUUGGACGUUAGAAGGUCAAGAUCCUGUAGCUAUGUUUCCGACAUCAGUUCGUAGUUAUUACGAUAGAAACGAAGGCCUUAGCAAUGUACUGAUGAUAGAAAAUAUUGUCGAGAAACACGCCGGUGAAUGGAGUUGUCAUUUUAUAUCACCUUAUGUCAACAAAUCCUCUUCUAUUACGGUUGUCGUGAUUUCAAAACGAACAACUUAUUGUGAUAUAACUGUAACUGAUACUAACAAAGGUCGAUAUAUUUGGCCAGAAACCGUUUCUGGACGUAAGGUGAGCUUGCCUUGCGAACUAGAAGAAAAAAAUCAACCAUUUCCAUAUGCUACGUAUUUCUGUGCAAGUAAUGCAACUUGGUUUGACUUGAAUACCAGUAACUGUCCUUAUAUGAGCAACAUCACACGAAUUUUACAAGAAUCUUCAAAGAUGAAUUUAACUCACGACAGAUCUAGUUUAAUCGAGAGUGCCGUCUCUUUACGUAACUUCACUUCGGAAAAUGUACAGAAUAUGGCCAACGCUGUGGAUUUUCUCUUCAUUGUUACCACAAUAGAAAAUUACCUCCCUUAUUUGGAAAAAGAACCAGAAUUGGGCAAAUAUCUUAUUGAGAUUGUAAACUGUGCCUUAAAAUUACCUCGUGAGUUCAUGGAGAAGGCUCAGCAACAACAUGCAGCUUGUUCAAGACUUCAAAAUGCGAUCGAAAAUAUACUGAAGUUCUCGUCAAUGUCCGAAUUCCAUAAUGAUGAAUUGGUGAUCAAGGAAAUUCUUCUCAGUUCGGAGCAAUUUCCGGGAAUGACUUGUUCGUGGAUUAAAGGUCCCAACGGUGUAUUGGAUAGUGUGAAUUGUUCAUUUACGAAUAAAACUAUACUUAAGGGACAGGAUGUCGAAGCUUCUAUUCAACUUCCUUCGACAUUAUUUCAUCCCGAGUUUGAAAUUAUCCCUUCGUCUGAUUACCAUUUAAUGGUAGCUAUGUUCAGAGAUAAUCGAUUAUUUCCGGAUAAAAUUAGUUAUAAAGAAUCAUCUUCGGUGUUUGCAAUGAAUCUGAUUGAUAUGAAAACAGAUAAAUUGGAAAAACCGAUACAAGUCAAAGUGAAAAAUUAUGGUUACAGUGACCCAAAAUUAGCCUGGUGGGAUAUGGAAUUAGGUAUAUGGAGAACGGACGGAUGUCGUAUGCUAACCGGAGGAAUGCAGAACUGGUUAUCAUUCCAGUGUAAUCGUAUGGGUUAUUUUACCCUAUUCAACGAACAAGACGACAAUAUGCAUUUUGAAAAAGAUGUUCUUAGGAAACCGAUGUUUAAUUUUUUGCAUCCGUCGAUUUAUGUGGGCACUUUUAUCAGCGUCACGUGUUUGCUGUUGGCUUCUGCGACGUAUCUUUUCUGUUAUUCGCAUAUCCAAAUGAGUAAAAAAAUGAAACAUUCGUUAGCCAAUACGUGGUUAUCGACGUCUUUACUUUUUCUUAUAUUUAGUGUUGGUAUUCAUCAAACUGAGCAAGAUAAAUUGUGCAAAGUUAUCGGUUUAUUAAUUCAUUAUUUCGUGCUGGCUACUUUAUUUUGGAUGGCAGUUACCAUAAAAGCCUUAUACAAACGUAUCCAGAAAUCAAACCCUUCGGUUUCAACUCCUUCGGAAGAUAUACCAGCCGAUGUAACGAUACAGAAACCCAUUCUGGGCAUUUACCUCGUAGGCUGGGGUAUCCCAUCGAUAAUCUGCGGUAUCGCCGGAGCAGUCAAUAUCCGAGGAUACUCGAGUUCUCGGUACUGUUUCUUGAAUCCUGGUCCGGAACUCAGCACGGUUCUUAUUCCUGCGAGUCUCGUGCUAUUUUACCUACUGAUAAUGUGUCUGCUGGUAAAAUGCGCUACCGGUAGUCCGGAUUCCAAUCCUCAGUUAUCCGUCGGCACUCAAGCCAUAGAUUUAGAGCUGCUCGACGGAGGAGGUAGAAACUCGUUUACGCAGGAACGUUGUAGCGUUCGUAGCAUCACAACACCGUCUAGUCAAGCCGAAGAUACAGAGCAUUCGCCGGGCAGACAACUAAAAGCGUUCGUUAUCUAUCUAGUCCUUUACCUUUUGGCUACGGUUAGCGCAGCUUUAUGCGUAAUGCUGCCUUUAAGGUGGCCCUACGAAGAGAAAAUCUUCAGUUUUACGUACGCUUUGUUGUGCUUUCUGCUCGGAUCAUUUGUGAUAUUCUUCCACUGUUUUGCUCGUAACGAUAUCCGAUCAUCUUGGAGCGAUUUACUCGGUUCUAGCAGGUUCCGAAAGUCGCCUCAUAUCAUAGCUAAUUCGCUCAUACCUCCGGUCAGCUUCAGACCCGAUAGUAACGAUCCGGUCAGCGGUGUUGUAUCGAAACCAGCCUCGGUGGAAGAGAAUUCCGCCAAAUCGGAGUUCAUGAAACAAACACCGAAUAUAAACCUGGUCCGGUUACAUCGUCAGCAUUACCGAGGAUGUAAUACUCAAGAAGCUGAUAACUUCUACAACCCUCAUCAAAGCAUCGUAGCCAAGAAAUUCUUCAAAAAACAACGCCGCAAAAGAAGCACUCUCCAGGUGCGUAAAUGCCGCAGUGGUGGUAGCUCACCCGUAUCAGCCGGACUAUUCGAAGACAGCGCUAAAGCCACCGGAACUCGUACCGAUGACGAAAAUACUAAAUUCCUGAGCAAUUCCAACGAACAAUACGACGAAUUCAGCUCAGAAAAACAUCCUUUAACAUACGACGAACCGGAUAUCACCGGUUGCGAGGGUAAAACAGGUACCGAAUCUGAGGCCACGUUCACUGUACCGGAGUACGCGGAGAUUCAAGAACAUUCCCUCAAAUACGGCGCGCCACCUUAUCAGGCGGAAACCAAAGAACAAAUGUGCGGCACCAGUGAUCGAGAUUGGUGCAGUUGUGAUGCCAUAUCAGAUGUCAACUCCGAACCCACUUAUAAUUACGCUUAUAUUAAGAACGGAUAUGAAUCUUCCAGAUCCGUCAUGUCCGAUACUUCCAGUGUGAAUAGUCAUCUUUAUACCGCCGUAGCGCCUGAUGUGGUUAGUUCGUCUAUGGAUCGACACAGGCGAAGGUUUAAUUAUCGACCUCCUCCUAGAACUACGUAUAGAACGGGUAGAGUGAAUGUAAAUAAUGGCAAUUUCCAUGGUCCUCCUACUACCGCUGAUUUUAAAAGAAGAAGAAAAGAUAUACUUUAUAAAAUACCGAAGGAGGUUAAUCCCGCUCAUUUUGGGCCGGAAGCCGAUAAACUAGAACCUUGUAUAAUACGAACCACACACUAUCCAGAUAUAGUAUAAAUGUUCGAGAAAUUCUCACCCGGUGACUGCAGGAUUACUUCGAAAAUGUGAUCACUUCACUCGUACGUAUAUUUCGCUUUAGGGCGUUCUUUUUUUUCUCGUUAUAACUCUCAAAAUAUCGAGUAAUAUUUAAAGAUUGUAUUUUUAUAAUGGAUGUAAGUGCUGUAAACGUUGAGAAAAAUCGUUAUUUUUGUGUAAUUUUGUUGUACCUUGUACGUACUUUUUUCUGUAUUUUGUUAGCAGGAGAGGAACAAAGGGAAUUGUGUGCUAGGAGGGCGUCAAAUAAAAUUGUCGAUAUUAAACCUUGAUCUCUUACCCCAAAUUGCUGGUAGUUAUCUAAACCAUUUUUAAAUAUUGGACAAAUUUUUCUUACCAGCAAGGAAAAAAUGACAUUCCAAUUUUUUGAUAUUUGUACAAAAUACCACUAGAUUGAAUAUUAUAAUUUUACUCUUUUUUUUUUUUUGAAGUGUCAGAAAUGUAUAAAAAUGCCAAAUCUUUGAUAUUUUAACGAAGUAUUGCCAUGAUCGGGAUCGUUUCAUUUUUCUCCUUUUUUUGUUUUUUUAAUGCUUAAAAGUUUACUUAAUUUCCAUUUUUCAUUUUUUUUACAGAAAUUUCACUUUUUUGAGUUUUUUUUUGUAUUUUUUAUGUUUUUUGUAUUUGCUAUUUUUUUAAUACGAAAAAAUAUUUACUUCAUUUUUUUACGUUUCAAGUACAUACGAGUAAUAUCAAAUUUCUACGUGUACAAUUGUAUGAUUUUCUAAAUUUUUUGAAAUAAUUUCUCAAUUCUUUCAAUUUUUAAAAACCGGUUUUUCAUCUCUUUGGACCUUUUGGGACCUGAGAAUAGCCUAAUAAAAUAAAUUUCAAUGUAUAUAAUUAAUAAUCAUAUUCCAGGCACAGAUCUUAGUUGCAAAUUGCCAUGUUCCAAAAAAUUGAAAUCCGCUGAAACCUCCUUCUUAUGAAAAUAAAAGGGGAGAAGAGUCUCAAAAAACCGUUGUUUGAAGUUCCAUCAAAAUAUACAAGAAAUUUUACUUACCUAUGCCAACGAAAAAAUUCCCCUCUCCACCUUUCCAUCGCAAUUUAAACCAAAAAUCUGAUUUCAUUCGAUUUUUUUUCCAACUUUCGUUUGAUUGUCCAUUAAAAUAACCACAAUAAUUUUUCAUCAUAACUCGCCAGUUACUUGAGGAAAGGAUACUGGUGUUUUUCUUAGCUUUACCCAUUUUCGAUUUCUGGCGAAUGUGCUAAAAUUUAAAAACUCGUAUCUGAAAACUUACAGCAAUUCUAAGCUCGAAAUUUUACUUUUACUCGUGGAAUGAGAGCUCAACUAAUUGUAAUUUGUUAGUCGACUUCUCUCGUUGAACAGAAAAGUUGAAAGUAAUAAGUUGAAAAUUUAAAAAAUUAUCGUGAAGAUUUUUAAAAUUCUCGUUUCGCAAAAUUGACCCUCCCCCCCCUCAAUUUUGACCAAAAUUGAAAAAAAAACUCUAGUCAAGUGGCAUAUCGAUUGUUAGUGAUUUGAAGGCGCUGAGUUUGAUUAUCGAUUUAUUUUUUCGAUCCGACCCUUCUGACUCCCCCUUUCUUCCAGUGUCUCGAAUUGUGGUUAAAUUAAAAUAGCAAUGAGUUGAAUUUGACGAGGGGCGUGUCUUUUGCUACUCUUCAUGCUUCUUUUAACCUCCUACAGUCUUGAAAAAAGUUGAAAAAUUUAUGAAAAUGUGAUGUGAUGCGUGAGUUGAUUAUCUAUUUAUUUUUUAAAUUAUGCCCUUCAUUAUCCCUUUUUACUCUCAGCCGUUCACGUUUUUCAAAAUUAACAGUUUUGAAGACCCUGUGGGGUUGAAUCCUAUUCAAACUCGAUCAAUAGUUUUCCAAAUUAAGAAUUCGAAAAAUUUUCAUCAUUUUCUUCAGAAAAGAAACUUGAAAAUCGAGCUUUAAACGAAACUGACAAAUUUCUUAAUUUUCUGUAAUCAUUAUUGAUUCUGCUAUUUCAGAUAAGACCUGCUGGAUUCUUCUCCCAUAAUUUACUCGAAAAAUGAAAAUUUUUCCACUUCAGUGAAAUAACUUUGACGAAAUACUGAAAAUUUUCAAUUUUUGUUUCGUACAAUCUGAUUGUUUUUCAGAUUUUUUAUAAUCAUAUUGCGGAAAGUUGAAAGUGGAAUUUGAAUUUCAAAAUAAGGUUUCGUCAACAUUAGAACAUCGUUCGCAGUCAUUCGUCAUUUUUCAAAUAGUAGAUGUUCAGAAAAUUAAGGGAUUUUUUUUCAUUAUUAAGGCAAUUUAAAUUCUUGUAUUUUUUUUUUUUUUUUUUUUUUUUUUAGAAAAAAUACGGUUUUGAGAACUUUGUUUUCCAAAAAAUUUCUGAAAAACAAAGAAGAACAAUAAUAGCACGAAAUAUCAAUUUUUUUUUCAUUAUUAAGGCAAUUUAAAUUCUUGUAUUUUUUUUUUUUUUUUUUUUUUUUUUUGGAAAAAAUACGUUUUUGAGAACUUUGUUUUCCAAAAAAUUUCUGAAAAACAAAGAAGAACGAUAGAAGCACGAAAUAUCAAAAUUUUAUCUGUCAAAUCAAUCACCUACAAAUCUAGAAAACUCUUCUUAGAUGACCCUCCAUCCGUCCAUCGUUUUGCAAUUCUAAAAAGAGUCAUAACGUUCGACAAUUUUCACACCAAAACUCUUUGAGGGGUAAUGAAAGCUUUCCCUGCAUCUUUGUUCCUUUUGCUCCUCUCUUGAUUGUUAGUAUUAAGGUUUUAUGUAGUUCCUCGGUAUACAUUUGAUAUAAAUACGGUAACUUAUUGUUGAUUAAUCGUUCCUUUUGUACUUUGCAAUUUUUACGCUUGCUAAAAUGAUUGUGAAUGCGCUCGGUACACAUACCUAGACCUACUAUUAUAAAGAUGUAAAUUUUUUUAUAAUUUUCGACGAAUCGUAUAAUUAUUAUUUUCCAACGGUGAAUUAUCCUUUUUUUUUGUUUAAAUAAUGGUAGGUGUGUGUACCUAUCUUUUUUUUUUUUUUUGAUCUCGCGUAAUUUAACGUUGCAUUUUAUAUAGACUUAUAUUUUGCGUGUUUGAAAUGCGGGGGAUGUUCUUAGUAUACCAUCUAGAAUAGAAUUUCCAUAUAUGCGUGGAAAUUGUUUUCGUCAUUGUAUCAGAAACGUUAUUACGUAUACGUAAUUUCGUGAUUGUAAUAUACUUUGAUGGUUUUGCGAGAAAAGCGUACGUAACGUAAACAGCGGCGUAAUUUCUAAUACGCGUUUGACGCGGUGAAUCGCGACGAAGGAAGAGAUUUCGGAUAAAAUACGAACUAUUAACGCCCGUGAAAAGCUUUCAAAUCACAUUAGAAAAAAAAAAAAAAGAAAACGAAAAGCCUCGAACCGAACAACUUUCUUUAGCAGGCUGUGUGGUGGGAUAUCGUUUGAUGAAAAAUAUCGCAAUCUGCAACUCUAUUCUGGUUUUCGAGCGUUUUCGCAAAAACGUGUCAAGUUCGUUUGACACUUUACUAACAAAUUUAUCCGGAUGAAUGUUCAUUUUUCGAAUGAUGAUGUAAUUUGGAUUCGAAAAACCAACCUUAUAUCACGUAUUAAAUAUUCUCAACCGUUUUUAUACAUGAAUAAUACAUAAGAAAUCGUUUCCUCCGACGUCGAAAAGGUGUAAAAAAAAGUCAAAGGGUAGGUUCGGGUCUCGUAGAAGAAGAAAAAAAAAGUUGGGGAGGGGAGUUAAAAAGUCAACACUGCCAUAUCGUAUACGGAUUUGUUUGUUUGUUUUAUUUUUUAUUCGUGUGUGUUUUUUUCCUUAAUGUAAGAUAUUGUACUGUUUUUUCCCCUAUUUAUUUUUGUAGGGUGCUUAAUCGUUGGUACUUAAUUUUACCUACCAAAAAAUGCCCAUAUUGUUGUUGUUUAUUUUACACAGAUACGUAAUUUUAAUUUGCUCCCAGAGAGUGGUAGAUAAUUUUGUUUUUUUUUAUCACAAUUUUGUAUAGUAAAGUGUAUUUUAAUUUUUUUUUACUCGAGUGAUUUUUAAAACGUUAUCUUUUAGUUUUAUUUAUUCCUUUUACGGUGUAUUUGUGCCCUCCGUCGUAUGUAUAGUGUAUAUUUUUUUUACGUGCAUUAUUUUGUAUACUAUCGAGAGACUAUUUUUAUAUACAUCGUGUUUGUACUGUGAAAUAUACUUUCAAUAUGUUUGGUA